AUGAACGUGUUCGAUUUAGAGGAGCAGCGACUGCUUAUUGGUUAUGCGGUCGAGUUCUUGAAGCAUGCCUUCUUUGAGCACUUUACGAGAUUUGAACCCAGAACGCUGAUCAUCUGCGGAUCAGGGUUGGGUGGUAUUGUCGACAAGGUCGCGCCAAAGCCUGCUCCGCUUGUUAUCCCUUAUGAAAAGAUUCCAGGCUUCAAAAGUAGCACUGUUGCCGGUCACCAAGGCAAGCUAGUGUUUGGCUACAUGAAAGGAAGCCCUGUGGUGUUGAUGUGCGGAAGGCUGCACUACUACGAGGGCCACGCCCUUCAUGAGACAGUGUUUCCUAUCCGUGUAGUCAAUGAGCUGAAAACUGUUAAGCAUCUAAUUGUGACAAAUGCAUGCGGUGCUAUUAACCCAAGCUACCAAACUGGCGAUCUUAUGUGCUUGAACGAUCACAUCAACAUGCCAGGGAUCGCAGGCCAACAUCCGUUGCGGGGACCAAAUUUCGAGGAGUAUGGCCCUAGGUUCUUGCCGCUCAGCGACGCGUACGAUUUGGACUUGAGAAAGCUUUUGUUCAACAAGAGGGCCGAAUUAGGUCUCGAAAGACCUCUCCACGAAGGUGUAUAUACCUAUGUUUCUGGUCCUACCUUCGAAACAAGAGCUGAAGCAAGGCUUAUCAGAUUGGUGGGUGGUGACGUCGUCGGAAUGAGUACUGUGCCGGAGGUGAUUGUCGCAAGACAUUGCGGAAUACGCGUUCUUGCUCUAAGUCUCAUCACUAAUGAAGUUGUCACCGACUUCCCAGCCAGCGCUAUGGACGAAAGCCCUGUGCCGCUAGAUCGUGGCAAAGCUACUCACGAAGAGGUGCUCGAAGCAGGUUUCCUUGCAUCGGUAGACGUGGAAAGGUUGGUUGAAGAGGUUGUUGGCGAACUGUAG